AUGUCCUCAAAUCCUCCUCCACAGCAAUCAACUACUCCUCCUGCAAAUAACAACAACACAGCAUCUCCGAAUACGACACAACCAUCAAACAAACCUCCUUCAAACACAAACGCACCACCAUCGAACACUCCACCAAAAAAAGAUGAACAAAAGAAAGUUGUUCAAAAAUUGGGUAAACUAGUUUCCAAGUUCAAAAUCAACCCUGAAGGAAAAUUCAAGCUAGGAUGGGAUGUCUUUAUACUGAUCAUGUGUAUGUAUAACUGGGGGACGGUUGCCUAUCGUUGCUCCUUGUACAAAUGGGACUAUUAUUGGAUAGCCAUCGACCUUGUGGUGGAUAUUAUUUUGUGGCUUGACGUUUUAUCUCGAUUUCGGAUCACCUAUCUGGAAUUUGGCCUUCCAGUAACAGAUGCAAAAGCAAUUGCAAAAAUUUACGUAAAAAGUUUUGGAUUUUAUGUCGAUGUCCUAGCUAAUCUCCCUUUCGAGUUCAUUGGGUAUUGGGCCACUCCUCGGUUCUGGGUCUUUUAUCGAAUGAAUCGAUACUUGCGAGUGUACAGAUACAACGAAAUGUUUAAUACUUUUGAAGAGGGAUUUUCAUUUAUUCAUCCUGCAUACAUGAAGCUGAUCAAGUAUAUUUUACUUUUCAUCAUUGCUCACUGGUGUGUGGCAUGUCUUUAUCUCUGGGUGUUAGAAACUGAAGGAAAUCCAUCUCCUGACUUUAUGCUCGGAGACAUUGCCGACAGUGAUGGAACUCAAAUUCUAAGAGCAAUAUUUUGGGCUGUGGGCCAAAUGAACGGAUAUGCAAAUACAAAUCCUAUCACUGACUUUGAAACAUGGUGCAUGCUUGUUGUUACAGUGAUUGGAUUGUGUCUCUACGUUGCGAUUGUCGGUACUGUCGGUGCUAUUUUGGGAGAUUUAAACGCCCAAAAGGAAGUGUUUGAAAACUUUAUCGACGCAAUUAAGGCUUUCAUGAAUUACAGAAAACUGUCGUCAGAUCUUCAGGGAAAAGUGAUUGAAUAUUACACCUAUUUGUGGAAAACACGUAAAACUCUUGAUGAAAAUCAAAUGUUAGAUGAGUUACCUGAACACUUAAAGAUUGAAGUAUCACUUUUCUUAAAUAAGGAUAUUAUCCAAAAGAUUCCUUUUUUCCAACAUUUAGAAGAACAAUUUAUCAAUUCACUUGUUCUCAAACUCAAGCCUAAGGUUGCUCUACCCAACUCACUCAUUGUUAGAAAAGGUGAUAUUGGACGAGAAAUGUUUUUCAUCAAUAGAGGAUCAGUGGAGGUCAUUGGUGAACCCAAUGAGGAAGGUGUCAUUCCUGUGUUUGCUACAUUAUCAGAAGGGCAAUUCUUUGGAGAAAUGGCCAUUAUUAACAAUACCAAAAGAGGUGCCUCUAUCAGAGCAAAGGGUUAUUGUGAUCUUUCGGUUCUCACGAAAGAAGACUUUAAAUUUGUUAUGGAAACAUUCCCAGAAACAGUGAGAGAGGAAAUCAAUGUGGAGGUCAGGAAACGACAAGCCCCACCUCCGUCUGCAGGAUCUGCUUCAAGACCUGGAACGGCAAACCAAUCGAGACCAAACACAGCAAACCAAUCAUCAAGACCCUCCACAGCCAACAAGCGGUAG